AUGCCCUCGCAAAAGUUCGAACUGACAGACAUCUCAAGCAGUCAGACCAAUCUGACCAGCAUGCGAGAGGGCAGGACUGGCGGCUGCUACCUCAGCACGUUGGUGGGUUUCAUCUUAGUCCUGCUGGCGGCUGCCGUCGCCGUGGGAGUAGGCAUCAUCGUGCACUUUGCCGGCGGCAAUAGGGAGGUGAUCUGCAGAUGUGAACCUUCAUCGAGUGCGAUAUCAGCUGAGGCUAUCAAGAAUCAAUGCAUAGACAUGGCCAGCGCUGGAAACUCAGAAUUGUGUGAGUAA